GGGCUUUUCCAGGUCUCCUUUUCCAGUGAACCGGAUGCUCCGUCAGUUACCUCCUCGGCGUCCUCCGGUGCUUCCCGGCUCCCUGGCAAGGCCGCAGGCAUCCACGGGGGGGACGGUCAGGGGGCUCCCGGCGGCUGGCCUGGCAGGUGUAGGGCGCCGGUAGGAGCUGGGCGCACACGGUUACCGAGCGUGGAGGAGACACGUCCCUGCGGCGAUGGGUGCCAGGGGCGCUCCUUCACGCCGGAGGCAGGCGGGGCGGCGACCGCGGUAUCUGCCCACCGGGAGCUUUCCCUUUCUCCUCCUCCUGCUGCUUCUCUGCAUCCAGCUCGGUGGAGGACAGAAGAAAAAGGAGAAUCUUUUAGCUGAGAAAGUAGAACAGUUGAUGGAAUGGAGCUCCAGGCGCUCAAUCUUCCGAAUGAAUGGUGACAAAUUCCGAAAAUUUAUAAAGACACCACCUCGAAACUAUUCUAUGAUUGUUAUGUUCACUGCUCUUCAACCUCAGCGGCAGUGUUCUGUGUGCAGGCAGGCUAACGAAGAAUAUCAAAUACUGGCUAACUCCUGGCGCUAUUCCUCUGCUUUUUGUAACAAACUCUUCUUCAGUAUGGUGGACUACGAUGAGGGAACAGAUGUUUUUCAGCAGCUCAACAUGAACUCUGCUCCUACAUUUAUGCAUUUUCCUCCAAAAGGCAGACCCAAGAGAGCUGAUACUUUUGACCUUCAAAGAAUUGGAUUUGCAGCUGAGCAACUAGCAAAGUGGAUUGCUGACAGAACGGAUGUUCAUAUUCGUGUCUUCAGACCACCCAACUACUCUGGCACCAUUGCUUUGGCCUUGUUAGUGUCACUUGUGGGUGGUUUGCUGUAUUUAAGAAGGAACAACUUGGAGUUCAUCUAUAACAAGACUGGUUGGGCCAUGGUAUCUCUGUGUAUAGUCUUUGCUAUGACUUCUGGCCAGAUGUGGAAUCAUAUCCGUGGACCACCAUAUGCUCAUAAAAACCCGCACAAUGGACAAGUGAGCUACAUCCAUGGGAGCAGCCAGGCUCAAUUCGUGGCAGAGUCACACAUUAUUCUGCUACUAAAUGCUGCUAUCACCAUGGGGAUGGUUCUUCUAAAUGAAGCGGCAACAUCCAAAGGCGAUGUUGGAAAAAGACGGAUCAUUUGUCUGGUGGGAUUAGGCCUGGUGGUCUUCUUCUUCAGUUUUCUACUUUCAAUAUUUCGUUCCAAGUACCACGGCUACCCUUACAGCUUUUUAAUUAAAUGAAGCCGAGUGGGAUUUGCAUAAAGUGAAUGUUUACCAUGAAGACAAAGUGUUCCUGACAAACUAGUUCAAAUUCUUGAGUUCAUUUCCUUGCUGAUUGUGGGAAUCCAGCUGUUCCUUGUACAAUUUUUUUAAACGUGAGUUUUCCUAGUAAACUUAAUUCAUAGACAUGGAUAGUUAAAUUUAAUAUGGAAAGAACAAAGGCAUCAUUGAAGUGUUUUUCAAGCACAUUAUAUUCUCUAUAUGCAAUAGGUUGAAAUAAAUGACAAUGCAGUUAUGAA